GUUCUGUAAAAGCUACGAAAUCUGUCACGCGAGGCGGCCAGCUUAUCGCUUUCACAGCGACGCGACAGCCAGUCACUGCGCAGAAUGGGCGUGUCUGCGCUGUGGUCAAAGCAGCCGCCGCGCCGACCCAACAGUGUCUGUCGCCAGCACUAUUGAUAAAAAGGCGCUGACGUACGUACGUGUGCACAAUGCCAAUGCUGAAUGAGUGGAGAAUACAGAGAGAGCGCCGACCAGAACGAUGUGGUCAGAUAGAGAGACAGAGACAAACCGAUCAGCAGCCCACUGGCAAAACGCAAUGCAUACCAGUGUGGCUAAAUCUAAUCGCUAAUCAGUACACGGUAUUCAGUGGCACAGUUUCAAAGCAGCUGCACUGCAUCGAAGUUGAUUGAGCACAGUUAUCGGUUGCGGGUGUUGUUGGGGUUUCUUUCUGUUUAUUUGCUAAUAUUAUCAUGUUUUUGUUGCACAUUGAGAAUGAGUGAAAAAGGGAACGGACAGCGCAGUGCCACGGAGGAGGAACUGUGCUUGAAACUGGAGCAGAGUGUUCUGGAUGCGGAAGCGCCUGAUCGUGAGGACGGCGAAGAAGAGGAGUGUGUGUCGCCAGUCAGCGAGUUGGAGUGCGAUGAGGCUGGAGGGGAAAGCAUGGCUGACGUGCAACUGGCCAGCAGCAGCAGCAACGCUCAGGCUGUCUUGCGCCAGCAGUGUCGGCGCUGGACGGCGGCGCUGAAGAACGUCCUGGACGACGACGCGGGACGACGGCUCUUCCACCACUACCUGUACACGCAGGCCGCCACAGGUGAUGCCGCGGCCGUGCGGGAGCAGGCGGCCUGGUUGUUCUUCCUGGCCUGUGCCCAGUUAAAGGCCGAAACCGACCCCUCCGAGCAGCAGCGCCGUGCUCGCGCCAUCUUCGAGCGUUUUGUGCGUGGCCCGCCGACGUCGGAGACGGUCAGUCUGCUGCACCCCACCGAGACGGAACUGCUGCGCCGCUUCCACGAUCCCGACCGCGAUGUGGACGACGUGCGGCGCGUCUUCGAGGCGGCACAGCGCGAGUGCAGAAGUCUGCUGGAGUGGAGCUGCUUCCCCGCUUUCAGGCAGUCCGCCUUCCUCCGCAAUUGGAUGCUGCAGCGUGGUGUGCGUCCGGAGGAGAUCUUGCCAACGGGCACGGUUGCGGCGGAUACGUCACCAACCAGCGAUUAUGUCGUGCAGGGAGCCAGUGGUCGACGAUCGCAGGCAAGUGCGCCAGCUGCCGGUAGCGCCCCUGCUAGUCAGUUGGAGCAGGGACGCAGGCGCCCACCAAGAGAACUCAGCGGUUACGCAAUAACGAUGAUGGGUGAUGACGGGAUGACGCCGCGGGAGCGGCUGCGACCGGACGAGCUCUACCGCGACAUGCGCGAUGUGCCCCCGCCCCGACCGUCGGUACGGAUGCCUGGCAGCGCCGCCCCUCCCGUUCCACCCCGCGCCCCGGAUCCCCAGAGAAAGGCGGCCGCGCUGCAGCAACUUGAAAGUGUGAAACAGCGCUGUCUGCCAUACUUACAGCGCCACCACUCUCAGGACUCCCAUGACGUCCUCCUGGCCCAUGCUGACCGUACCGGCUCACCACCGGAGGGCGCCGGCAACGAUGCGCAGUGGAAUGCCAGUUCUCCAGCAGCUCAGCGGACGGAGACCAGCCGCCCUGGGCCCAAUCAGCGCUCUGCGUGGAUGGCCAGCGUAAGUGCCCAGAUGCAACAGCGCUCACAGCCCUGCACCACCGACUCCGGCCUGGGACGUAGCUCUGCCAGCGAGGCUUCUCGCGUACCGCCCACGCUGGGGCAACAGCGGCCAGUGCGCAGGGAGCAGCCUGUUAAUCCGCGUCCUAACUAUCCGUUUGUCGGCGGCACAGCAGCAGCAGGAGUGCCGCGGGACGAGGUGUCGGUGAUGUGGAAGCGCGACAUGAACGGCGAGUGGUUCUCCACUAAGUAUACGCGGCCGGUGAUGGGUGGGCCCAACUGGCAUCGAGAGAUCCGCUUCGGCGACAUCCGGCCGCUUCUGCCUGUAAAAUUCCUGCAGGAUCCCGCCGCCAAGUUCUACUGCAAGUCGUGUGGUCCUCGCGGCAACGAAAAGGUGUGGGAAGAGAUGCUAGAUUUAAUGACGCCGGUGCCGCUGUUCCAGGGUCAAAUCCUCCUCGUUAUCAUGUGAAUGCAGGGUAUAACCGGCUUACACCCGAUGCAGCUCCACGUGGAUGCCAUCCUCUUUGGUGUCAGUCCAGUGCCACAAGCUUUUACAUUGGCUGUGAUGAGCGUCAUGUCCUUACGUGUGCGCUGAAGUGCACCGUCGAUAUUCCAGAAUUAUAUCAUAAUAUUGUUUUCACCUUUUCUGCUCGUCUGUGUUCACAGUAAUUUUUGUCAUGGAGCCUCUGCUAACUGACUGAUCUGUAUGGUCAGCUUAUGUGAUGGUGUGCUUCUUCCUUGCAAUUGUUGUAGACCUCUGAAUCCUGGGACCACUUUCUGUACAGUUUUUACACAGAUUUUGACUACAUCGCUAUGUAGCGAACGUGAAAUUUUGUAUGAGAGCAUUUAUUUCUGGAAGAUGAAUGAUUUACAAAAUAAACAAUA